UAAUUAGAUGGAAGGGCCCUGUCCUUGUAAAUUUGUCGGGUCAUAACUCACACACGCGACAACACACGUCACAGUCUGAACGCUCCUCCACACGCCUUCUCCAUCAACUCCAGGUUGAUAUCUGGUCAGAGGGCGUACUUUCGCUUCCUAUCCACCUAGAUUAUUCCUUCAUCACCUGGGGCAAUGGAGAAAAGAGACGAGGAUCUGAAGAAGGCUCAGAUGCUGGACGCUCGAGCCAGAAACAUCAGCCACAACGUUCGCUGCACUGAAUGUGGGAGUCAGUCUAUCGAAGACUCACAGGCAGAUAUUGCUAUUCUCCUUAGACAGCUGAUCCGUGAUGAAAUAGGAGCUGGAAAAACAGACAAAGAGAUCUACAGUAAGCUCGAGGAUGAGUUUGGGGAGACUGUGCUUUAUGCUCCUAAAUUCGAUAUGCAGACAGCAGCACUGUGGUUAACUCCGGUUCUGAUUGCUGGAGGUACUGCUGCAGGGCUGGUUUAUAGUAAGCACAGGCAAAGGACAAACGUACACAUCAUGGCGCUGGACCUUAUUAGAAGUGUUCCAUUGACUCCAAAAGAGAGAGUUACCAUUCUCGAUCUUCUUAUUCCACCUCCCCCUCCUCCUCAGGGAGUGGUUUCCCAGUUGAGGAGAUGGCUAAACCUCCGUUAGUUCCUUAGAAGCUCUACUGUUUCUCGAGUCAGAUAUUGUUGUCUUAGCCCAAAUAAAUCAAUGCACACCGACUGUCUAGAAGAAUCAGAUAGAGGAUUAAACAAAAACUUACAGCAACAACUGCUGGGACAUGGAGGAUCUUGUUUGCGCCUUUGAAGG